AUGGCCUUGGCGCUGCUGUCGGCCAUGGGAACGCAGAAGAUCCGACUGGACGCGGUCUGCUGCAGCGCGUCCAUCAACGCGUGCCAGCAUUGGCACCAGUGGGCGCGGGCUCUGGCGAUUUCGGAGCGCAUGGUCGCCGAGGGCAUCGCCAUGAACACCGUGACCUUCAACGCUUGCAUCAGUGCUUGUGAGGAGGCUGGCAAGUGGAAGGAAGCCCUGUCGCUGCUGCAGAUGAUGGACGCGGCAUCUCAGAAGAAGACGACGAUCAGCUACAAUGCUGCCAUGAGCGCCUGUGGUGCUGCGGGGAAACUUCGAGCAGAGAGCAAAAAACGGGAGGGAGCGAACUUCGCGAAGUCCUUCCCAGCCAUGGCAAUGAAGCUCUGGUUGCUUGCGCUAACCUCGCUCCUAAAUGUGGCGCGGGCGAUCAAAGUCGACCUGAACUCCAGCAAGGUGAGUCAGCCUACACGGUAUUCCCACUAUCGCCUCUACGUCGCGAAGAAUGGAGGGGCUGGAGCCUUCUGCGUCAAGAUGUACUUUUAUGACACAAAAGAUGCCGAGAUCACUACACCCGUUGCGGGCGGCAGCGCCCCGAAUCAGUGGAGUGGUGGUUGGUCCAUCGCUCAUGGCUUCAACCGGGAGAGAAAUACCUACUGCUCCAAGAACGGCCAUCCCACGGGAUGGUUGCAGUACCACUUUGGUGAGAAGAAGUCCUUGGGUGCAUAUGCCCUGUCGCACUACUGGGGUGGCACUACCUGGAACGUUGUGGAUUGGACCUUUGAGGGGAGCAACGAUGGCAACACGUGGACGAUCUUGCACACGAAGAAAGGACAACCUCUGGUGGAAGGGGAGAAGAAAAUGAAGUUCAGCUUGCCAACAGCCCCUGCGUGUACAGGAAAGCCCGUGCCCGAGUAUGAGUGCGACAAGAUUACAGAUCCCACAGUCUGCGCAAAUUCCUACGCCCGAACACCGGAGAAGGGCUUCUUUGCGCAAUGUGGCAUGAGUGGCGCAUUAUGCCUCUCAAAGGGUCCUAGAUGUGAGGCAGUCGAACAAGCGGAUGCUCACAGUUACUAUCGCUUGAAUGUGAAGAAGAACGGGGGCGCGACCGCUUUUUGCGUGAAGAUGUACUUCACUGACCUGACUGGCACUGAACUUGCCACGCCGGUUGACGGUGGCAGCGCCCCAAAUGAGUGGGGUGGUGGUUGGUCUAUCGCCCAUGGCUUCAACAAGGAAAGAAACACCUACUGCUCCAAGUCAAACAAUCCCACAGGAUGGCUGCAGUACAAGUUUGAUAAAUCCGUCUCAUUGAGUUCAUACUCCUUGUCGCACUACUGGGGUGGCACUUCCUGGAACCUUGUCGACUGGACCUUCGAAACCAGCAGCGAUGGCAAAACAUGGAAGGUGCUGGACACGCAGACGAAUCACCCUCUCGUUCAAGGCGAAAAGAAGAUGCAGUUCAGCCUGUCCGUCAAGUAA